AUGGACCCGUUCACAACGCCGACUGUUUCCAGUCAGUGCUUAAGUUCAGACCUCUGUGUAGUAUGUGGCGACAAGGCUAUUGGCAAACACUAUGGAGCCGUAGCCUGUAAUGGUUGCAAAGGUUUCUUCAGGCGAAGCGUGUUCCAAAAUCUUCAGUACACAUGCCGUUUUGAAAAGAGCUGUAGCAUUGACAAGGACCAUCGUAAUGCCUGUCGGUACUGCCGCUUUCAAAAAUGUCUAGCCGUCGGUAUGCGGCCUGAAGCUAUUCAAAACGAGCGUGACCGAAUUGGAAGCACAAAACGUCGGAAGCGCACUUUGACAAAUCAGGAUGACACAUCUGAUUCUGAAAGUGUGCCAUCACCAAAAAUGGAUUCAAAUGCUAGCGCUUCAUGUCGACUUCUUCAAAUGCUUGUUGAUGUUGAGCAACGUGCUGUAACGAGUCAGAAUAUGGAUAGACUGUUACGAGAAGAUACUGAAUGCCGUACUAGUAGACAACGGACUGUUAAUCACAUCAUUGGAUGGGCCAACAUGCUCCAUCCUCUUCCAGAGAUACCAUUCGUUGACAAGAUGCAAUUGCUAAAGCAAUUCUCGCCGUCAUUCGCUCUGCUGAGUACGGUACAAAGAAGUAUGUCACUUCCGCAUUUGUUGCUGCCGAAUGACGAGAUUCUCGUACUGUCUGCUUCCCACGCGUCAUCCAUCGUUACGGUACUCUCUCGUGUCCUCGAGGAAUUGCUGAACCCACUGCGACGAUUACGCGCUGAUCAGGCCGAGUUCAGCUGUCUUAAGGCCCUGCUCCUUCUUAAUCCCGAUGUAGUCGGCCUAUCAUCACAAGCUCGAGACAUGAUACGUGAAUCAAGAGACGCGCUACUCAAAGCUCUCUACAGCUACCUCAACCAGUCGUUCUCCGUUAUUGAUGCAUCGUUACGGGUGUCGUCUUUACUUCUGAUCAUUCCUUCUCUUAUGUCAAUCAGUCAGUGCAUCUCCGAUAUCCCGGAGUUAGGCGAGCUAUUCGGUCUUUGCGAAGGAAACCAGAAGCAGAAGGAUCCGGUCGUUAGCUCCUAUCAGGGUUUGCAGUGUAACGACACGGCAUUUUCCCGAAUCCUGACCUCACAACAGCUGUUCCCUCAACAAAGCCUAAUUUGUUCACCUUGCAAUACCUCAUCAACCAUUACGACAUCGAUUCCACUCAUUCACAACACUUUACCGGUUAGUGCUUCAUUAUACUUUAAUAGAAUCACUUAUAAUAUAUAA